CAGCGCACCUGGCUGAGCUUUGAACAGAUAGCUACUCUAUUACUCACUAAGAAGUCAACAGACAGCCAAGACUGCAUGAACAGAUUUAGGACAUUUUCUCUUGGGAUUAUCAGUAGGGAGCAGACAGGCAAUGGAUGUCUCUGGAUCCAAUCGAAUACAUAAAGGGAAAAUACUGCGAUUGUUUUCUUGUUUCUCUUGUAUCCGAGAUCAAAGUAAACUCAAGCAUAAAUCUCAUGAUGUGGAAAAAAACCUCUGGAGAGAAAAUAAGGCAUUGAGAGAUGAAAACAAGGCUCUGAGAACAGACAACAAAUUCCUCUGGGGGGAAAACAAAGCCUUAGGAAGAGAAAAUAAAACAUUUCGAACGGACAAUCAAUUCAUCAGGGAAAGGAAUCAUAUCCUAAGGCAACAGAACCAGCUACUCUGGAAAGUGAAAAGGUUGAUUUUAGAGAGCCCAAAACUCUCCAAGGAAGAACUCAGUGCCUUGAAUACAGAACGAAUGUCCUACUGGCAACACAAUCGAGCCAUGGAGGCUCAGAUCAUAGCUCUCAGGCAGCAAGAGAAAGCAUUCCAGAAUGAGGCAAAGGCUCUCCAUGAGGAGAUCAAAUCCCUGCACGAAGAGACCAAGGCUCUCCAGCAUAAGGAGAGGGCUCUCAGAAUGGAAGAGAAAGCUCUGAUGAGGGAUGAAGUGGCUGCGGAGCUGAAGGAGGCGCUGAAAAAAGAGGGAGCUGCGUUGGAGAUGGAAGAGCAGGCCUUGUGGAAGGAAGAGCAGGCUCUUCGGGAGGAGAACAAGGCACUGAGAGAAGAGCAUGAGGCUCUACAGGAUGAGGAAGUCUCCCUGCAGGAAGAGGCGAAGAUCCUGCAAGAGUGGAAUAAUAUUCUUCAGGGGAAGAUCACAAGCAACCUCCCAGGGCGAAUACACAAAGAUGACCCGGAUAAGUGUGACCUAAGAAUGUAACAACGAUGCCCUGGUCAUCAUCGUCGUUCCAGAGCAUACAACUAGAAUUCGAAGGAGAUACAUCAUUGUCAGGAGCCUUAAAGAUUAAAGUUCUCGAUGUUUGAUCCUGGAAACUAAAUAAAGA